AUGGAAUUAGAUAACUCUUCUUUUUCUAUCAAUUUUUGUCCAUCUUUUCUAUCUCCUUUUAGGUUAAAAAGUUUUCUAUCUCCAUCUUUUUCUUCUUCAUUUUUUUUUUCGGUAUUUUUCUAUCAUCUUUUUCUUUCUUUAAUUUCAAUCUUUUUUUUUUUCUUCUGUCUGAAAAAAAAAAAAGAGUUUCGUUUAAUCAGGGUGGCUUUCUUUCUUUUUUUAGCCAUAUUUUCUAAAAUUUUAUCUUUUUUCUUUUUAUUCUCCAUCUUUUUCUUCUUCUUUUUCAUUCCAUUUUUUCUUCUUCUUUUCCUAUCUCCACCUUUUUUUUUCUUGUUCUUUCCAUGGGACCUCUUUUUCUUCUUUUUUCUUUCUUUUCUGAGUUUUUUCUUCUUUCUAUUCAUUUUGAGGAAACAGUUCUCCAUUUUUUCUUCAUUUCAUUAUUUUUUCUUCUUCAUUUUUAUUCCCACCUUUUUCUUCAGUCUUUUUUUAUUUUUUUCGCCAUCUUUUUCUUCUUUUUUUAAUGCAGUUCUAUUCCAAUUUUUUUUUCUUCUUUUACUAUGGACCGAACAUGUGAGCAUUCCACCUUUUUUCUUUUUUUCUUCGCCAUCUUUUCUUCUUCUUUUUUCUAUCUCAAAAGACUACCUUUCUUUUCGAGCUUAA